GGCGGGGUGGGUGGGUGUCUGCUGAGCCCGAGACAGCUGGCGGGGAUAAACAGAGGAGGGGGCCGAGGAGGGCUCGAGUCCCAGCCAGGCCGGGGCUGCGAAACCUGGCCAGGGGCUCAGGCUGCCGCCCAGCCACUCACCUCCUGGAGGGGCCCCUGCCCUGGCACAGGGGUCGAGCCGCCCCCCUGCAUGGAAGUUCAAGGGCUGCGUCCCCUGGCUGCUGCGGCUGCUGAGCCUGCCCUGAGGAGGCCUGACAGUCAGAGUACCUAAGAGAGGAUAGGUGGCAAUUUCUCAAACGGUAAUUUCAAUGCCUUCUCUAUGGACAUGAACUGUACUGGAAUGCUUGGAUUCACAGCAACACCUCCACUAGCUUGCUUUCGUUGGCCCUAUUGUGAGAAGAUGGCAAAAGCAAACAUUACUAGAGACCUCAUCCACCGACAGCUCAAGGAGAAGGGCGCCCUCAGCUUCGAACGACACUAUCAUGUUACCGACCCAUUCAUCCAGCGCCUGGGCUUGGAGGCAGAGCUGAAGGGUCACACUGGUUGUGUCAACUGUCUUGAAUGGAAUGAAAAGGGAAACUUGCUGGCUUCUGGCUCCGAUGACCAGAAUGCAAUUGUGUGGGAUGCCCUGCACCAUAAGAAGCUUCUUUCCAUGCAUACAGGGCACUCGGCAAACAUAUUCUCUGUCAAGUUCUUGCCACACACAGAGGAUCGGAUACUCAUUACUGGGGCUGCUGACUCCAAGGUGCACGUCCACGACUUGACUGUUAAAGAAACCAUCCAUAUGUUUGGGGAUCACAAAAACCGAGUCAAGCGGAUUGCCACGGCUCCCAUGUGGCCCAACACCUUCUGGAGUGCAGCUGAGGAUGGGCUGGUCAGACAGUACGACUUACGAGAGAACAGCAAACACUCAGAAGUCCUGAUCGACCUGACAGAAUACUGUGGGCAGCUUGUGGAGGCAAAGUGUCUCACUGUCAACCCGCAGGACAAUAACUACCUAGCGGUGGGAGCCAGCGGGCCGUUUGUGCGGAUCUAUGAUAUACGCAUGAUCCACAACCACAGAAAAAGCAUGAAACAGAAUCCCACAGCUGGAGUCCAUACAUUCUGUGAUCGACAGAAACCUCUCCCAGAUGGUGCAGCUCAGUACUAUGUAGCAGGGCAUCUUCCAGUGAAACUACCUGACUACAAUAACCGGCUGAGAGUUCUGGUAGCUACAUACGUCACCUUCAGUCCCGAUGGCACAGAGCUCUUGGUCAAUAUGGGUGGAGAGCAGGUUUACUUAUUUGACCUGACAUAUAAGCAGCGGCCAUAUACUUUUCUCCUGCCAAAGAAAUGCCACACUUCCGGAGAGGUGCAGAAUGGGAAGACCUCAACCAAUGGCGUGUCGAACGGUAUCCAUCUCCACAGCAAUGGGUUCAGGCUGUCUGAGGGGCGGUCGCACAUGAGUCCACAGGUGGAGCUACCUCCCUACCUGGAGAAGAUCAAGCUGCAGGCCAACGAGGCGUUUGCUUGCCAGCAGUGGACUCAAGCCAUUCAGCUCUACAGCAAAGCCGUCCAGAAAGCCCCCAACAACGCCAUGCUGUAUGGAAACCGAGCCGCUGCCUACAUGAAGCGCAAGUGGGAUGGGGAUCACUACGAUGCUUUGAGAGACUGCUUAAGGGCCAUCUCCCUGAACCCAUGCCACUUGAAGGCUCACUUCCGCCUGGCUCGCUGUCUCUUUGAACUGAAGUAUGUGGCAGAAGCUCUGGAGUGUCUGGAUGACUUCAAAGGAAAAUUCCCCGAGCAAGCGCACAGCAGCGCGUGCGAUGCCCUGGACCGGGACAUCAACGCUGCCCUCUUUUCAAAAACAGAUAAUGCGGAAGACAAGAAAGGGAGCGGCCCCAUCUGGCUGCGAGCAUCUGGCCGCAAAGAUUCCAUCUCAGACGAUGAGAUGGUGCUGAGGGAGCGCAGCUACGACUACAAAUUCAGAUACUGCGGCCACUGCAACACCACCACAGACAUCAAAGAGGCGAACUUCUUUGGCAGCAAUGCACAGUACAUUGUCAGUGGCUCCGACGACGGCUCCUUCUUCAUCUGGGAGAAAGAAACGACCAACUUGGUGCGGGUGCUGCAGGGGGACGAGUCGAUUGUCAACUGCCUCCAGCCUCACCCGAGUUACUGCUUCCUGGCUACGAGCGGCAUCGACCCGGUCGUACGGCUGUGGAAUCCCAGGCCGGAGCGCGAAGCACUGAAUGGCCGGGUGGUGGAAGACAUGGAAGGCGCUUCCCAAGCAAACCAGAGGCGGAUGAAUGCCGACCCGCUGGAGGUGAUGCUGUUGAACAUGGGCUACCGGAUCACAGGACUGACGGGUGCUGGGGCCGGAGGCUUGGAUGACGAAGACAGCUCUGAGGGGCAGGUCCACUGCCGGACCAGCUAAAGCUGAACUGCCUCUCCUUCCCAUAAUUUUUGUUUUUGUUUUCUUUUGUUUGAAGGGAAAUCUAGUUUGCUCAGUUUGAACUCUGAUGGACAGCUGCACUGUUUCACACUAUGCACAGAAUAGGACACGCCGGCAGGGGCAGGAGUUGGCUUUGUUUUCACUGCUGCUACCGUUUCUUCCCCCUUCGCCCCGUUCCACUAUUGAGUGGCCUGUUGAGUUUCGCCUCCUAGCAGAAUCUAGUCUGUGCAGAGAUUUCUUUUCCGUGUUGUCUGUGAGCAGUGUAAAACAGGGUAACCAUCCCCUCCGCCAGGCCUGCUGCAUGGCUCCUGGACGGCGGGAGGCAUUGCCUACACGAAUGCGUUUUUUUUUUGCAGAGAGGAUGUUUAAAACUCAAUAAAAAUGUAAACUAGGGCAGGGAUUCUGGACUGAAGUUUCAUGCCGUGAUCUCCGUCUCCGAAGCUUGGCUUGCCUGCUCUGCUGCUAGCCCGUGGCCCGUAGUCCGUGGCUCUCCUUCAGCUCAUAGGACAGCUGACAAGCUUUCACCCAGCCUCGGCAGCUCAAACGCAACCACGACAACGUGGCCAGAUCAAGAUGGGCGCCUUGGUUAACGUGGCUACGGAUGUGCCGAGCCCAUGGCAUCAGGCAGAGAAAUUAGCUUUCUGCCUCUGGGAUCUAAUACUUUAUUUCUUCUGUGUGCGGAGAGAGAGAGAGAGAGAGGGAGAGAAAUGGCUGUAACAGGGAAAGGCUCUAUCAUGAGGCACAAUGACAUAUGUGACCUCGGCUAGUAAAAAGACCUGAUGUUGCUGCUCUUUUGAAAA